UGCCACCAAAUUUUGCUGUCCAUUUCCCUUGAGGCCUUUGACCCUACAACAAAAUUAUACUACAAAAGCAAAAGUUUCAAUUUUUAUGACCCAACAAAGCAAAGCUUCCCUCUCAUCACUUUCUCUAUCUUAAGUACUCUUAAUGGCCACUACAAUGAACAAAAUCUUCUCUUUCUUUCUCUCUGGAAAAGGUUUGAUCUUCUGGAGAAAAGAAUAAGUAAAAGCAAAAGCAAAAGAAAGAAAGAGAAGGGAAAGGAAUGUCUGUCUGCAUCAAUUCCGAAUCCACCUGACCAAAACCAACAAAACAAGAAAAGACUGAAAACAGAGCAAAAAACAGAGACAAAAAAAAAAGCAGAGAUGGGAGGAGUAACGUCUUCAAUGGCGGCAAAGUUUGCUUUUUUCCCACCAAACCCACCUUCAUACAAGCUUGUCACUGAUGAACUUACUGGUCUUUUGCUUCUAAGCCCUUUUCCUCAUAGAGAAAACGUUGAGGUUCUAAAGCUUCCAACUCGGCGUGGCACGGAGAUUGUAGCUAUUUACAUCAGGCACCCUAUGGCUACUUCCACUUUGCUUUACUCUCAUGGAAACGCUGCCGAUCUGGGUCAGAUGUAUGAGCUUUUCAUUGAAUUGAGCAUCCACUUGAGGGUCAAUCUAAUGGGCUAUGACUAUUCUGGGUAUGGGCAAUCUUCUGGAAAGCCAAGUGAGCAGAAUACAUAUGCAGAUAUUGAAGCUGCAUAUAAAUGUCUUGAAGAAAUCUAUGGUACAAAACAGGAAGAUAUCAUCCUCUAUGGCCAAUCUGUUGGUAGUGGUCCCACUUUGGAUCUAGCAGCUCGGCUGCCUCAGUUAAGAGCUGUUGUUCUGCAUAGUCCCAUACUUUCUGGCUUAAGAGUUAUGUAUCCUGUAAAGCGUACAUAUUGGUUUGACAUUUAUAAGAAUAUCGAUAAAAUUCCACUUGUCAAUUGUCCUGUUCUUAUCAUUCAUGGAACUUCAGAUGAAGUUGUGGAUUGCUCUCAUGGUAAGCAACUAUGGGAACUGUGCAAAGAGAAGUAUGAACCACUGUGGCUUAAAGGAGGAAACCACUGUGAUCUAGAGCACUACCCUGAGUAUAUCAGGCAUCUCAAGAAGUUCAUAUCAACCGUUGAGAAAUCUCCAUCACAAAGAUACAGUUCUAGGAGAAGCACGGACCAAUAUGAGCAGGCUCGGAAAAGUACAGAUGUGUUUGAAGUUUCAAGGAAGAGUACUGAUCGAAGAGAGAAACCAAGGAAGAGCACUGACAGGCCUGAGAAGUUGAAAAACCAGUCUAAUAAUGUGGAUAAGCUAGAAAAAUUAAGAAUCUCUUUGGAUCAAUUGGAAAGGUCUCGGAGGAGUGUGGAUUGCCAUGAGAAGUCCCGGAAAAGCAUUGAUCAUCAGUUGGAAAGAGCUCGGAAAAGUGUUGAUCGGUUGGAUAGAAUACGAACAGGAGAAAGGAUGUAGAUGAAAGCUGCAAUGAGGAUACGGUAAACCAACCAAAUUUGAGUGAGAAGGUUAGUGACACUUUCAUGAGCAAAAGGUUAUUCAACUUUUUUCAUACUAAACUAUGUAUUUCAUUGAGGUGUUUCAAAACUAGCAGAUUAUUAUGCAGGCUACAUGGCACUAACCGUAUUUAUCUAACCAUCUUAAGAGAACAACCAGCGGAAAAGAAACCUGACUUUGGAACCUUCAUUUCAAGAAUUGUCAAAAAGCCUUCUACAGUUAAGUCAAUGGUAACAGGCAGAGUCCUCUAACAGGGAUAACGUUGGUCUCUUCAUUCUGUAUUCAACUAUGGCUGAUGGUGGAAGACGACCAAUACAGAUCUCGUGCACUGUUGCAAAUAGAGGAAACAACUCCAGCCACCCGCAGAGGCUUAAAACUUCACAGACUUCUCUUGCCGUGGAUACACCCUAAAGUAUAAGAGAAGAAUCUCAGAUAAGAGAUUAAUUCAGAACCAACAAACUAGAUAUAUUCAAAAGCAUCUUUUAAUACUGCUAGAGAACUUCAACUUUUUCUAUCUGUUCAUUAUUCCGAAGACCAUACUUUCCUUGUUUAAGAUCUACCUGUAAUUUCUGGCCAUGCAACAUCUCAGCCUCAAGCUCAUCAAAUGAUCUGUAGUCGAGAAACAAUAAGGUCACAAUUUGCUUUAUAUCCCGGUAAAGCUUGUGUACCAAAUGUUUAUGGCUAACCUUUUUCCUCCAUUCUAAGCAAAUGCCUCAGCAACUUUUCUGUUCUUCCCCCAACUGCCACAAAUGGCAUGGUUUUAUUAUCAAAGUAUAUUAAUUUUCUCAAAUAGAAGGUAUGAAGAUAUCUGCAUUCUUACAGCAUGUUUGUGAUUACAUCGCCAAUUCCACAGCUUUCAAAGAAGGUACUAUCCCUAACAGAUAAAAAUAAUCGCUUGGAGAAAGCGAUCAUCUAUCAGACCAACUCUCAUUAUUGGAGCCUAAUAAUAUCCAUAACAG